CGUUGGUGUGACGCCAUCACGCUUCUUUCGGGCGGAAGGGUACUAGCGGCUACGGUUUCCAAGGCAACAGCGGUGGAUCGGGGAGGGCCCACAUGCAGGAAGGAGUAGCUUUGGCGGGAGAGUGGAAGCAGUGAGCUGCGUCGGGGAGUAAGGUAUAGGAUCCAUUAUCUGGAAACCUUUAAGCCAGAAAGCUCUCAGUUACAGGAAGGCAGAGAAAAUGGAUUUCAAAAGAAAGAAAGGGCAGGCAUCAGGCCUCCCUGCUUCACAGACCAAAAAACUGAGAGGAGACUGGGACGAUGAUGCUCCUUCCCAGUUUGAGGAGGAACUGGCUUUCAUGGAUGAAGUGGAAGCAGAAAUGGCUAUGGAGCUCAGUGAAGGGCAACUCAGUGCUGAUAUUCUCCCUGUUGGAAAACUCAUCUCUGACAAUAUCCCUCCAAAAUGGUUAAGGCCGCCGGUUUCGCUUACCGACCCCAAAGAGCAGACUCUUUGCUUUCAACAGGUUGAACUGGACCACUAUGUGGGAAGUCAUGUCUCAGGAAUGCUGGGAGCGACACAGGGACCUGUCCCCAUCAUUCGUAUGUUUGGGAUCACAGAAGAAGGAAACAGUGUCUGUUGCCAUAUCCAUGGCUUUGCACCUUACUUCUAUGUGCCCUGCCAUACUGGUUUCAAACAGGAGGAUUUAAGUGACUUUAAGAAGGAGUUAAACUCAGCUGUGAUUAAAGACAUGCGUUCCAACAAAGACAGCAUCUCUCAGGCCGUCCUGGCUGUAGACGUCUGCCACAAAGAGAAUAUGUACGGAUACCAUGGGAAAAAGAUAAUACCAUUUAUGAAGAUUACCAUGGCUCUUCCACGUUUAAUCGCGCCUGCAAAGCGUCUCCUGGAACAAGGCUUGCGGUUCGGAAGGCACCCCACACAUUGCUACCAAGCCUAUGAGGCAAACAUUGAUUUUGAAAUCAGGUUUAUGGUGGACAAUGAUAUUGUUGGGUGUAAUUGGAUCGAACUCCCUGCAGGCAAAUACCGUUUGCGUAAAGAAUCACAAGAUGAAGGGCCUUCUAAAGAAAAUCCUAGCAAGGUGUCCCUGGCUCAGAUAGAGGUGGACAUCAGCUGGGCUGAUCUGAUCAGUCAUCCUGCAGAAGGGGAUUGGCAGAAAAUCGCUCCUCUACGAGUUCUAAGCUUUGAUAUUGAAUGCGCCGGCAGGAAAGGUGUUUUCCCUGAGCCUGACAAGGAUCCGGUGAUCCAGAUUGCUAAUAUGGUGCUGCGCCAAGGAGAAAAGGAUGCCUUCAUUCGCAAUGUCUUCACGCUGGGCACUUGCUCAAGCAUUGUGGGUUCCCAGGUGCUCUGCUUUGAUCGGGAAGAUGCACUUCUCAAGGCUUGGGCCGAUUUUGUUCGCACUAUCGACCCGGAUAUUAUUACUGGAUACAACAUUCAGAACUUCGAUAUGCCGUACCUGAUCAACAGGGCCCAGACUCUCAAGGUCCCUAAUUUCCCCUUUCUCGGUAGAAUCCGAUCUAUGAAAUCCGUUAUCAGAGAUUCUUCCUUCCAGUCGAAACAGAUGGGCCGGCGGGAGAAUAAAGUCAUUAAUACAGAGGGUCGGGUUCAGUUUGACUUGCUGCAGGUUCUGCUGCGAGAUUAUAAGCUCCGAUCUUAUACAUUAAACGCUGUGAGUUUCCAUUUCCUGCAAGAACAGAAGGAAGAUGUGCAGCACUCCAUUAUUACUGACUUACAGAAUGGCAACGAGCAGACCCGCAGGCGACUGGCAGUUUACUGCCUGAAGGAUGCCUACUUGCCCCUUCGGCUCAUGGAGAAACUUAUGUGCGUCAUCAACUACAUGGAAAUGGCGCGCGUGACUGGCGUUCCUCUCAGCUACCUGCUGUCUCGCGGCCAGCAGAUUAAAGUGGUGUCUCAGCUUCUAAGACAGGCCAUGAAACAAGACCUGGUGAUGCCCGUGGUCAAGUCAGAGGGAGGUGAAGAUUACACUGGGGCUACAGUCAUUGAACCCCUGAAAGGGUAUUAUGAUGUGCCAAUUGCCACUCUUGAUUUCUCGUCUCUGUAUCCAUCUAUUAUGAUGGCCCAUAAUCUCUGCUACACCACUCUGUUGCAGUCUGGAUCCAUAGAUAAAUACGGCCUCAGUCCUGAAGAUUUUAUCAAGACCCCAACUGGUGAUUGUUUUGUUAAGGCGAGUAUAAGGAAAGGACUGCUUCCUGAAAUUCUGGAAAACUUGUUAUGUGCCCGAAAACGGGCAAAGGCAGAACUGAAGAAAGAGACUGACCCUUUUAAGCAAAAGGUGUUGGAUGGGCGUCAGCUGGCACUGAAAGUCAGCGCUAACUCUGUGUAUGGUUUUACAGGAGCACAGGUUGGCAAACUGCCCUGCUUGGAGAUAUCGCAGAGUGUCACCGGGUUUGGCAGACAGAUGAUCGAGAAAACCAAGCAACUGGUUGAGUCCAAAUAUACUCUGGACAAUGGAUAUAAGGCUGACGCCAAGGUGAUCUAUGGCGACACGGAUUCUGUCAUGUGCAAACUUGGGGUGCAGACCGUGGUGGAGGCCAUGGAGAUAGGAAGAGAGGCAGCAGAAUGGGUGUCCAGUCAUUUUACUCCUCCAAUAAAACUGGAAUUUGAAAAGGUUUAUUUUCCCUACCUGUUGAUCAACAAGAAGCGAUACGCCGGGCUGUACUUCUCAUCCAGCGCCAAUACUCAUGAUAAGAUGGACUGCAAAGGAAUAGAGACUGUGCGAAGAGACAACUGCCCACUUGUGGCCAAUUUGAUAAAUACUUGUCUGCAGAAAAUUCUGAUUGACCGGGAUCCUAUGGGAGCCGUGGAGCAUGCUAAAGACGUGAUCUCUGAUUUGCUGUGCAAUCGGAUAGAUAUCUCGCAGCUUGUGAUUACAAAGGAGUUGACGCGGACGGCUGAUGAGUACGCAGGGAAACAGGCCCACGUGGAGCUUGCAGAGAGGAUGAGAAAGCGUGACCCUGGCAGCGCCCCUAAUCUGGGAGACCGAGUUCCGUAUGUGAUCAUAGGAGCUGCAAAAGGAGUGGCCGCUUAUAUGAAGUCUGAGGACCCCAUUUACGUGCUUGAGAAUAACAUCCCUAUCGACACCCAAUAUUAUCUGGAACAGCAACUUGCAAAACCUCUUCUUAGGAUUUUUGAACCCAUUCUGGGUGAAUCCAAGGCCGAAAGUAUUCUUCUGAAGGGGGAGCACACACGCUGCAAGACCGUGCUGACCGCCAAGGUUGGGGGCCUCAUGGCGUUUGCUAAGAAACGCAGCACGUGCAUUGGCUGCAAAGCAACACUAAAUCAUGAUGGUGCUGUGUGUAACUACUGCAAGCAGCGCGAGUCUGAACUUAUCCAGAAAGAGAUCUCUCAACUUUCGGGCCUAGAAGAGAAAUUUUCUCGUCUUUGGACCCAGUGCCAGCGGUGCCAGGGCAGCUUACACGAGGAUGUUCUAUGCACAAGCCGUGACUGCCCAAUCUUUUACAUGAGAAAGAAGGUGCAGAAAGACCUGGAUGACCAGGAGAAGCUGAUCCUUCGCUUUGGACCCCCAGCUUGGUAGGACCCUGUCCCUUCAGGACAAAGUGGACAGACUGAGAUAAGAUCUUCUCUCCUGUAGGUUCCUGAUUGGGUUUGGGAAAGGAGUCAGGAGUUGGGCCUGCGAUUUCCCAGAUGUGUUUGCCAAACACAGAUACGGAUAGCGGCCAUCAUGCUUUCUGCAUAACUACUGGACAUUGCCCUCAGCUGCCACUGAUCUGGGAGCAUAUAAUGGACUGGCGAUUGGGGUUUCUUUUUGGCACACCUUAUUACCUUUUAUAUUCCCAUUACAGAUAAAAAAAGCUUUAAGGCACUUAAAGACCAUAAGUUGCUAUACCCUGUCAUGGUGCCAGGCAAAGAGCUGCGCUCGGGCUGUAUCGCCAUGUUGGGGUUGGCAGGGGCACCAUUCCCAUUUGUUCCAUUUGUACUUAGAAUACAAACUGAGGGCUGCUCCUCUGCUUCUUUUCUGGGAAGACUUCAGGUUUGUUACACAUUCUGUUUCAUCCACUUGAUGGAUUCUCAGGUUUUUGUACCGACAACAAAUAUCUAAGGAAUAAAAUAUUUUGCAGUAACUUA